AUGGGGAGAAUUAAGAAGGCGGCUAGCCAAAAGCAUGAGGCUACGAUUUCGCCUUUCCUUGAAGAAUUCAUCGGCAAAACGACGAGUCUUCCAGUCCCCGAGCUUCCUGCACACCUCAACUCGUUCCCUCGCUUGUGGCCCUUCCCUCGCGGCGACCUCUACCACUGGAUCACUGUUCUCGACCGCUUCGAUGGCAUUCUGGCUACCGUUAUCCACAAAUACUUCUUAAACAUCGGCCCCCAGACUCAAUCAUUCGGUCGGACUGUUCUGGCGGAAUCAUAUGCUGCCGAUCCCAGCAAGGCCCCCGCGGAGGGCAUCGACGCCAAGCUGAAUGCGCUGGGGUACGGACCUCAGGGAGACCGAGAGCUACUGGAGGCGAUCUUGAACUUCUCGCGCCUGCUCCUGGAGAAAUGUGGCAACCGCAGCCUUUACAGCAGCAGCGAGCGGCUUGGUGAUCUUUUGAACACUACCUCACUCUCACUUCUCGAAUGCACCCUUCGUCUGGCUCUGUGUCUGGCACAGCGCUACCACUCCCGCCAACGGGGCACUCAUGCGCAGAACAUGCUGGCCACGCAUUACAACAUCGAUCUUGAGAAGAUGCAAAAGAUUGCCGCGCCAUUCCCUCGCCCAUUUGUCACGACCAAAACUCCAACCCCUGCAUCUCCCGCCGUCGGGGCUAAGGGGAAGGACAAAGCUCCUUCGACCAAGCUGAAUGCAAACGAGCUCGUCUCUCUUGUGCGCGAUGACCAAGGCUGGGAAGAAUGGGGAAAUGUCCGCGUUCUCUACUAUCCUUCCGGGAACACGGAACAUACCAGGACAACCUCUGAAUUUGGCCAAGGUGAACAGGGCCCCUAUGCCCCAUCUACGCCUACGCCGCUGCGUCGGAGUACAACUCAUCCCACUCCACGUUCAAGCCGGGCUCCCAAUGGGGACGAGACCCCAGCACCUGCACCAAUUACAGGUGGCAAGGCCGAGGAGCCUUCACGCAGCGGCAAAAUUUUGGACCUUCCGCAUGCCAAGAUCUCUGCUGGAAAGGCCGAGGAUAUUCUCGCAACAAACGUGCCACACUUGCCCUUGGAGUCGAAGUACGAACUGCUCCAAAAGGUUCGCGUUGCCCAAGCCUUGUCCGGGUCGCGGGAGACACGAGAGCAGAUCCUCUCGAUCCGUGUUCUUGCUGUGACAAACUUGGCGUAUGUCCAAACCGAGUCUGCGUUCCAGCAGAAGAUUCUUCAGUAUGAUUUGGAACAAUCAAAGCGUCUUCAAUUGACGUACCAACUUGCUGAGUUGGUUCACCUCGGUGCUAGUGGCGACUUGGCUGUCUCGCGGACCCUGCAAACGUUGGCAAUCCAAGCACUUGAUGCCCUGGCAAAGCACAAAUCUCGUGCCGUCGAUGUUUGUGGCGCCUUGAGUGUUAACGUCAACCAUGGCGUUCUGAUGUUUCUCACCCGUAAAGUUGUCAAUGAGCUGGGCACAGAGAACGAUGGUACCGAUGAUUCAUACCACGACGAAUGGCGCGAUGCCCUGCUUGCUCUCUUGCGGACCCUCCCCAGCUCAAGCUCACGUACGCCAGAGACCCUGGUUGCGGCUGGUCUGAUCCCCAUGUUCGUUGAUAUUCUUACACUUCGAACCGACAAAGCCCGCCGGGUUUAUUCUCGCAUUAUGGAGUUCCUGGACACAUUUGUUCAUGCCGUUCGAGAUGCUCUGGCCACGCUCACAACAGCAAAGGGGUUUGAUGCAAUUUCUGAUUUGAUUGAUUUUGAGACUAAGACUGCGUUUGAAAAUGUUUCGAACGGAGCCGGGUUCCCUGAUCGGUACAAGAACCCUUCGAUCGAUUACCAAAUCCCUUAUUUCCAGCAGCAAACCUUGCGGUGGAUGUUCCGCUUUGUCAACCACAUAAUGCAGCACAAUGGCGGAGGGUUUGACCGUGUCUUGCGAAACCUCAUUGACUCCCCUCAACUCCUGACCUCGCUGAGACUGGUGUUCGAGAAUGCACGUAUCUUCGGCUCGCACGUCUGGAGUAAUGCCGUGAACAUUCUGAGCAGCUUCAUUCACAAUGAACCCACCAGCUAUGCGGUCAUCGCUGAAGCAGGUCUUAGUAAGAGCCUUCUUGCAGCCGUGAUGGGCCGUGAGCUUCAGGCUGAAGAGAAGCCACCUACUGUGGAGUCUGAGGACGCGAAUGCUGAAACGGCGCCAUCCGCAUCAUCUCCGACCGCGGCUGAAUCUACUCCCGCGCAAGAGAAAAAAGAGGGCCGCGAGUAUGCUAUCGUGAGACCUCGCAAUACUUCCCUCGCCCCAGGUAUCAUUGCUGCCGCCGAUGCCUUGGCCUGUAUCCCUGCGGCCUUUGGAGCUAUCUGCUUGAACUCUUCUGGAUUGGAUCUGUUCCAGUCAUCCGACGCGUUGGAGAGCUUCUUUGAGAUUUUUGAGAACCCAGAGCAUAUCAAGUGCCUGAAGGACGACCCCAACCUGAUUCGAAACCUUGGUACGACCUUUGAUGAACUUGUCCGUCACCACCCUGCUUUGAAGACAUCCAUCAUGUCUGCUGUUAUUGUCAUGGCUGCUCGCGUCAAUAUGCUUGGCAGAGCCAAGGCCUGGGAAUUGGGAAUGGGCACCAAAUUGUGGAUCGAGGAUGCGCAGGGACAGACUGUCCUCGCUGGAGAUAUUUCGUCUCUCUUCCGGAGUAUUGGUCAAAAUGUCGAUAUGCCAGUGACCGAUCCUGCCUCGCUCGGAGUGCCUCAUCUAAAUGCUACAUCGCUUCCUAAUGGUGGGAAGCUCGUUCUCGGUGACCUGAGCGGGCUGCUUCCUUCACCGGAUGCUAGCUUUGAGCCGAGAGAUCUCGACGAGCAUGGUCUUACUGUGACUGACUACGUAUUCCCUGCGAUCAGGUUCCUUGGCGCCUUUUUUGAGAACCAACCCAACUGCACAGCGUUUAUCCAGGCUGGAGGGUCGGAGUUCGUGCUUGAUUACGCGACUCUACAAAGCAUGUCGUUCGAUUUCCACAACACCGAUGCCAAUCAGGAGCUCACGGUGCUUGUACACAUGCUAUCCGAGACGAAGCCACACCUCAUCAUCCCAUCUCUGAUGCACCGCGCACAACUCGCAGUGGAUAACCUCGCCCUCUUUUCCACGUCUCCCAGCUCGACUGGAUUUUUCACUGCAUUGACUAGACCAACGAAUCCCAAGGAGCGGGCUCCGGAACCUUCACCGGCUACUGAGCAGGGUACAUUCUUCGCCAAGCACCUCAACGCCGUUCUGAUCCUCACGGAUCUCCUUCGCGAGAUUUUCGCAAUGCCGCUUUACCAGACUCGCUCAGCUCAGAAUGCUGUUCCUUUCUCCCAGGUCAACCUUGCGGACCGGUACUGCAAUUUGAUUGCCUCUCUUGGCAAUCUUCAAGCAGCAUGCGUGUGGGAAGAGAUCAUGCUCGAGAAGAACAUCCCCGAGAAAUGGGUUCACUCUACGAAAGCUCCUGCGAAGAAAUCCACCGAACCCUCCCAGGGCUCUUCCGACCCUCUUGGUGGUAUCCAACGCGAGAGCUCUGGUGCACCCGAAGGUGGAAAAACUCCCGCACCUCAAGAUAAUGAAAACGACGAGACCAAGGAAGACGAGAAGUCCGCAGCUUUCAAGAAUGUUCAGACUCUUCGUUACUUGUUGAGCUCUCUGCCAUCCUCGGUCACUGGUUUCUUCCACAAUCUAGGACUUGGUCUCAUUGGCAAGAGACGGCCAACUUCUGACCAAAAGGCAAAGCAGAACGCCAGCACGGUGGCCAAUGCUAUCGCCGAGUCCGUUCUUCGCCAGCUUCAGGUGCCCGCUGCCAACCAGUGCGACAGCCCGAAGCAUCGAUUUGCAUAUCUCAUCGUCACUCUUUCCUCGUUCUCGCACCUGCUUUACGAGAUUGCAACCGAUCGCCCUCAGUCGAACUACCUUACUCUCGUCUUGGUAGCAUUUAAGCGACAAAACGGAUUGAAUGUUUUGAAGGAGAUCAGCGACAUGUUCAUGCGUGAGAUCGAGUCUCUCAAGCCAGCCGAAUAUGCUCCUCAUACCGACAAGAAAAUGCCGGAUGAGCUCACCUCUGCCUAUGGUGGAAUCAAGAUCAUCCUUGGUCUGUUUUCCGAGCUUGUCGGUGGCAAGAGUAUUGUGGACUCCAGUCAGACCCAAGGCUUGUCUACCCACCAGGACCGCGAUCGUGGUAGCCCUGAGCACUUCCAACCAGGUCAAUUCGUUGUGGAUCUCCGUAUGGAGAUUCUUCCAAUGGCCCAGGAAAUGUGGAACUCCGACUUUGCGACCCAGUCCGAGAGCGCGAUCAUUAAGGGUCUUGUUGAUAUUCUGCGAUCAUCGCUGGACGGUGAAUGGGAGACCGGGGCUGCUCAUGAAACGGAUACCCUGCCUGUUCUGACCGAGGUUUCACGCAAGCCAUUCGUGGUUAUCAAGGAGCGUGCGGCUCAUCUUAUUGAAAAGGGAUUUCUCGAUAACGAGCUUAACAAAGAAGCCCUCUAUCGCUGUAACAAUGUCGUUGCCCAUGCUGAGGAAUAUUGCAAGGCACAGAAAUGGCUCCGGGCACCCCCACGACUCGCCCCGGCUUCUAGUGACAUCCAAACCGGACCCUCGGAAGUUGCUUCUGGUGGAGAGGGGGCUGACGAGCCUGUCGGUCCAGAUGGCACGCCAUUCAACAGUGGUUUCUUGGAACGCUCUGGUCUUGCUAUGCUUCUGGCCCAGGCUACCGGAAGACCUGUGGAUGAUCCUAUGAACCAAGAGCAUGAAGAUGGGCGUGACAUGGAUCCCCUCAUGCGAGAUGGUCUUGCCCGCGCCAUAUCUAAUGUCCUGCAUGACGAUGAAGGCAUGAGCGCAGAAGACCGAAGUGGAUCGUCAAAUCAAAGUCGCGGCCAGGACUCUCAUUCCCACUUGCCUCCUCUCGAACCCGCCAGUGCUCCUCAGCCUCCGGCCGCAGCCGAGUCUACCCCUCGUCGCCAGUUGAUUACUAUCGAAUCGUUGGACAAGGAGCGCGAGAAGAUUAGAUCUAAUCUCAUCGAUCGCUGUCUGGACGUAUUGAAUGAGCAUCAUGACGUUUCCUUCGAGCUGGCCGAUCUUAUCAACUCUGCUAUCAAAAAACACCCUGAGCCUGAGAGUUUCCGACGAGACAUUGGAGAGACUCUUGUUCAAUCUCUGGUGUCUCUGCAAAUGGAAAAUUUCCAGACUGCCGGAAAGAAGAUUGCUGCUUACGCCCACAUUCUUGCAUUGGUUCUUCAGGACCGGAAUAUGUACAGCGCAACUGUUGACGAGCUCCGGGAUUGCUUCUCUACUUUUCUUGGAUUCGUCAAGCUUCCCGAGAACUCCGACGAUGACAAGUUUCCCUGGGUCGGUCAUGUGCUUUUGAUUCUGGAGAAGCUCCUGUCGGAUGACUGCAAACCGCCUCAGAUCAAUUGGACUCCGCCAACUCCCGAUAAUCCCAACUCUGGUGGCGAGGGCCCUGCUCAUCUGGAGGAGCCAAAGGUCCCCCUCGAGGAAAAGACCAAGCUUUUCGAGUCGUUAGUGGAAAUCCUUCCCCGCGUUGGCAAAGACAGCACCCUCGCUCUGUCCAUCUGCCGCGUGCUGGUCAUCCUUACUCGUCACCGCAGCAUUGCCGCCCGCUUUGGCGAAAAGCGAAACCUACAGCGCCUAUUCGUCAUGGUCAAGCAGCUGGCCAGUGCUUCGAAUGACAAGCUUCAAAGUUCGUUCAUGCUUAUUCUGCGACAUAUCGUCGAGGACGAAGCCACCAUCCGGCAAAUCAUGCGGAGUGAAAUCGUCGCCAACUUUGAGUCGAAAAAUUCACGCCAGCUCGACACUCAGGGUUACGUGCGACAAAUGUAUCACCUGGUCAUCAGGGCCCCCGAGAUUUUUGUGGAAGUGACCAACGAAAAGCUGAGGUUGGUUCGCUACGAUCCUAGCCAGCGUUCACAAGUACUUGGAUUGAAGGCCGAUAAAGACCGUGCUUCCCGUCUUCGUCAAGGCAAGGCACCUGAAGAUGCUAAGGCCGAGUCAGCGGGUGAACCAUCCACUUCGGAGGACAACGAGAAAGACAAGAACCAGACCAAGGCAACUGAACUCAAACCACCUGUGGUGGAGAACCCAGAUGGCGUGAUUCAUUAUCUGUUGUCUGAAAUCCUCUCUUACAAGGACGUCGAUGACAAGGAACCCCCUACGGAAUCAUCAGGAAAUUUCGACAGCGAUCCCGAAUCUCAACCCCAAACUGAUGUCGACAUGAACCUGGAGGACAAUGAGCCUGUAUUCACGUCUGCUGUCACACCCGAGCCGCAGACUAAUCGUUCUGCAAAGAAGGGCGAGAAGCCGUCAUUCAAGGCCGAAGAACACCCCAUCUACAUCUACCGCUGCUUCCUUCUCCAGUGCUUGACGGAGCUCCUGUCGUCGUACAACCGGACCAAGGUGGAGUUCAUAAACUUCUCCCGCAAAGCCGAUCCUCUUGCUACAACACCAUCGAAGCCUCGUUCUGGAAUUCUCAAUUAUCUGCUCAAUGUACUGGUUCCCAUUGGUACUAUGGAGCAUGAUGAGUCUCUGGCAUUUAAGAAGCGCAGUAUCACUUCGACAUGGACGAUGCAGGUGCUUGUUGCUCUGUGCACGAAAACUGGUGAAUUUGGAGGCGUCGGCCGCCGUCGCAAUGAACACAAGCGGAAUGAAGAAGAUGAACCAGAGCUCACCUUCGUGCGCCGUUUCGUUCUUGAACAUGCUCUUCGAUCCUACAAGGAUGCCAAUGCUUCUACCGAGCCGCUAGACUCCAAGUACUCCAAACUGAUGUGCCUCGCGGAUCUCUUUGAUAAGAUGCUCAGUGGCUACUCUUACUCUCAGGAUGCCGGUUUCCCGUCCUCAACAAGACAGCUGGCGAAGACAAUGUUCGAAAAACACUUUAUCCCAGCGCUGACUGCCUCUGUCGCUGAAAUCGACCUGAAUUUCCCCUCGUCGAAGCGCGUCAUCAAGUAUAUCCUCCGUCCACUGAACAAGCUUACCCAAACGGCUGUGCUCCUCAGUGAAACAUCUGAUAUCUCGAAUCUUGGCGAAGUCGAUGACGAUGAAAUCUCUUCGGCCACUUCUGUCUCUGACAUGGAGGAUGAGCGGGAAGAAACGCCUGACCUUUUCCGUCAUUCUACUCUCGGAAUGCUCGAACCCCGACAUGAAGAGGAGACCAGCUCGGAAGAGUCCGAAGGCGAAGAUGAUGAGAUGUACGAUGACGAGUACGACGAAGAAAUGGACUACGAAGAGGACGUCCCCGAGGACGAUGGUGAAGUGGUCAGCGAUGAAGAAGACGAGGACGUCGAUGGUGUCGGUCCCAUUGAAGGUCUUCCCGGGGAUGCAGUCGAAGUCAUUAUCGAUGAAGAUGACGAAGAUGAUGACGAUGAUGACGACGAUGACGACGAGCACGACCACUCUGACAUGGAAGAAGAUGAAAUGUUCGCUGGUGAAAUAACUGGUGAUCACGACAAUGACAGCCUCGCAGACGGCGAAGAGGACGAGUGGGAAAGCGAAGAAAUGACCGAAGACGAAGAAGAAGAUGAGAUGAUGAACCAGCUCGAAGAUGAUUUGGCAGACAUGCAUCAAUCCAGUCGCCAAACCGAAGGUCACCAUCGCAUCGACGAUCUAUUCCGUGCCCUGAACGAUGCCGCAGGAGGCGGCAUGGGUGAUCUUCACGAUCAAGGUCUUGGGGGAGAUAUUCACGAUGAAAUCCUUGACGAACUGAAUGAAGACGAAGGUGAGUUAUCAGCGGGCCAUACGGUCACCAGCGAAUCCUCGUUUCGGCACUCACGACGUAUCACAGAUGACGGAGACGAGAUGGAUGAACUAGAAGAGGAAGGAGAUGAUUAUGAUGACUAUGAUAUGGAAAAUGGCUCCGAUGGGGAAAUGGAAGGUGAGUACCAUCUCUACGACUCAGAUGACUCUGACCAUCCCGUGUUCCUGUUCGAUAUGCCUUGGCAGGUACUCGAGUGGCUUCGUGGCCCCGAUGCUGCGAGGUAUGUUCGCGGAGCGGGAGGCACAGGGUUAGUCAUAAAUGGUGUCAGAUUUCCUCUAACAGGUCCUGAAGAUGAUGAUCUACUCGAACCUUGGGGCUGGGAAGGAGACGAACUUCCGGCAGCUCGUGGUCCCAACCGCUUUCGCGGCGCUCCAGGACCGGCCUGGGCGACUGUCACUGAAAUCAUGCCUGGUCGCCAUGGCGGCCUCGUUCCUAUCCAACCUUACCACCGUGUCCACCGAACACAAAUUCCUGGAGGACGUGGUAACGACGACGGUACAAACCCCUUGCUCUUGCGCAACGACCGCGGGGAUGGCGCUACCCAGAUUCGUGGACAAGGUCCCGAAGACUUCACUAACUGGCCUCCUCUGGAUGCCCAAGGGGGACAGGGCCGCAUCGUGGGAAUGGACAGCCCCAUGAGCUUCAUGAAUGCUAUCAUGCAGGCCAUCGGUGGUGGUCAAGCACAGCCUGGUGUGGGAGUCGUCACUCGCCCAGAUGGCAUUCAUAUCCACGUCGACCGCAGCACUGUCCUGCCUCAUAACCGCCUGAACGAUAUGUUUGGACUCAGCCGAGGACAGACCAGCCCCCCUCGCGGCCGCGACGAUCCCCAUAAUGCUGUGAAGUUUUCCUUGUCUACGACCAAAAACCGCUGGCAAGAGGAAGCCCGCAUUCUCUUCAGCAGCACCUACAUUGAGAAGACCCAGCGUGUCAUGAACUCGUUGCUAGCCCUUCUGGUUCCUCCUGCCAUGGAAGAAGAUAAGCAACGUCGCAAGCAGCUCGAAGAAGAGCGUAAGAAGGCUCAGGAGGAGCAGGCGGAGAAAGAACGUCAAGAGCGGAUCGCCCGCGAAGAGGAAGAGCGCGAACGUAAGCGCAAAGAGCAGGAAGAGAACGCUCGACGACAGGCCGAGCGGGAGCAGCAGGAAGCCGAGCGGCAAGCCGCUGGAGGCGAUGAGCCUAUGGAAGAUAUUCAGCAGACAGGCUCUGCACCCGAAGAUGCUGCUAUUCAGCCUGGGGCCGAGCCUGCUGAGCCUAGAGAACGAGUUCACACGACCAUUCGUGGCCGUCAACUCGAUAUUACUGGCCUCGAAAUCGAUCCUGAGUACCUUGAAGCGCUGCCAGAAGAACUCCGGGAGGAGGUCAUUAUGCAACAGCUUGCGGAACAGCGGUCACAAGCCGCUGCCGCGGGCGAGGAACCCACCGAAAUCAACCAAGAGUUCCUCGAAGCCCUGCCUGCGGAGAUUCGUGAGGAGUUAUUGCAGCAAGAAGCCGCUGAUCGACGCCGACAAGAACGUGAAAAUGCCCGCCGACAAGCCGCUGCUGGCGGUACUCAGCCGCACGCGGAGGAAAUGGAUACCGCCAGCUUCUUCGCCACUUUGGAUCCUUCUCUUCGCCAGGCUGUUCUUGCAGAACAGCCAGAGGAGGUGCUCGCGAACUUGCCACCUGAGUACUUGUCAGAGGCACGAGCCCUUGGCGGUAGACGCAUGGCACAGUUUGGCGAUAUCUCCGGUAUUCCUGGAAUGGAGGGUCGUCAGCGAGAUGAGCCCACUGAAGAUCAAGAACCGAAAAAGCAACAGCGGCGACAGAUUGUUCAGAUGCUGGAUAAGGCCGGCGUCGCUACACUUCUCCGUCUGAUGUUCAUGCCCCCUGCAAGGCAAUGCCCGACACCAAUUGAACGAUAUUCUUCACAACGUUUGUGA